ACAAAUUUAUCCCGCGGGAGCUUCAUAUUUCAGGUUUGUAUCCUAAGUUCGCGGAGCGUGACGGCAGUGGAAUUUCUUACUUUGUUGUUUUCACCUGUGAUCGAACUUCUCUUUUACCCCAAACCUUUCCUACCCCUGUACCGGUUCUGCAGCACCGGCCUCUUAGGUUCAGUUACGCCCGAAUUUUUCAAGUUCUGGGACCCUGGACCCCCCAGCAGCGGCUUCUCUGGGAUCUGGAGUGGACUUCUGCAAGGGAAUGCCAGAAGGACCAUCUCUGAGGAAGUUCCACCAGUUGGUAGCUCCAUUUGUGGGCCAACUGGUGGUCACUGUAGGGGGAAAUAGUAAGAAGAUAAACCCUAACAUGCUAGAGAUGCUUCGGCUCCAGGACUCACAGGUCCAUGGAAAGAAUUUAUAUCUUAACUUUGGCCUAACUGAAGACCUGGGGCUUCCUGAAAGUUUCCUUUUGCCAAAGCAUCUCCAAAAGAAAGUGAGACUUCCAAAAGAGAAGAGUGACCAUAAACUUGAAACUACCUCAAGGCUAGAUGGACAAGAAGUUCCUGGCUCAUCUUUAGCUAUUAAAGCACUUGAGCUUGGGGAAGAAGAAAAGGAGACUGUUAUGCCUUGGUGGCUAAAUACUUCCCAAAAUUCAGGGCUUUGGCUUUGCUUCCAUUUUGGUUUAUUUGGUAGUGUUCGGGCAAGCGAAUUGUCCAGAGCCACAAAAGCCAACAAGAGGGGUGACUGGAAGGACCCCAUUCCCAGGUUGGUUCUGCACUUUGCAAAGGGUUUUCUGGCGUUUUACAAUUGUCGGAUAUACUGGUGCUUGGGACCAACGGUCAAACCAACUUCAGAUAUCCUCUCUGAGGAAUUUGAUCGAAGGCAAGCCUUGGAAGCAUUGAAGCAGGCUAGUCCUGUCUCCUAUACUCUUCUGGACCAAAGAUACUUCGCUGGCCUGGGAAACAUCAUUAAGAACGAAGUUUUGUACUUGGCCAGAAUCCAUCCCCUUUCCUUAGGUUCUUGCUUAACUCCUUUGAACCUUGAGUCCUUGCUGGAUCAUGUUGUGAGUUUCAGUGUUGGUUGGCUUCAGAAAAAGUUGGAAGGGAAGCCACUGCACCAUCUGAUCUACCAGAAAGAGCAAUGCCCUGCUGGACAUCAAGUCAUGAAGGAUAGCUUUGGGCCUCCAGGUAGUUUUCAGAGACUCACCUGGUGGUGCCCCCAUUGCCAACCCAAGGCUGAAGAAAAAGUUGAGGUGACUCAGGAACAGCUUCCUUGAUGUAUUUUGUAUACCUGUAAAAAGACAUUCCUUUUUCCCUUUUCUUUUAUGCUGAUUGAUCUAUAUGUUAAAUUGGAUGGGGUAGAGAAGGGUGAAGUGAACAGUAGAAAGUUCAGAAGGAAUUACAGACUAAAUAAAACAGUUUUGAAAGUAAAAUGGAAUUAUAUGCCUUCUUUUUAAGCUGGCAGUCUGAAGUGUAGAUUACGUUUUUGUACACAAUUCUUUUUGGGUUAAUGAAAAUUUUUUUGGUAUUUAAGUUCAGAAUUUUUAAAAUGAUGGCUCAGGUAAGAAGUUUCUGCAGUAUUUGAGUCCUCUUUUUUUGAGAGGCUCCUCUUUUUGAAAUCUCAGGGCUUAACCAAGGGCUGGUGUAGGUGGUUGACUCUAGAAAAACAAUGCCUUGUGUACAUGAAAGUUUUAUGUUAAGAGAUUUCUAGUUCUUCACAUUUCAUUUUCAUCCUUAAGAAAAGAAAGGGAUAUUUUGACAAUAGUUAAAAAUUUCCUGGGGCCAAAACUCUGCAAUCAAAAUAUAGACAUUUACAAAAUCAUCUAUAAAUCUUCAUGAUGUAGUUGAGAGGUGUUUUCUUUUAAGCAUUCUAAGGUGUGGCAAUGGUAGAAACGUGAAGCUGUUCUUUAGCAGAGCUUCAGGAUUGAGGGUGGGAAUGAAUAAGCACACCAAGAGUGUAGAACUAUCAUUCCUUUGAGGGUUUCUUUUUUUACUUGAUGUUAUUUAAAUAUUGAAAUGUUAAUAGUUACAAAGCGCCAUCAAAAUCUAGUGUAUACAGGGCAGCUUGGAGGGCUCAGUGGAUUGAGAGCCAGGCCUAGAGAUGGGAGGUCCUAGGUUCAAAUCUGGCCUCAGAUACUUCUUAGCUGUGUGACCCUGGGCAAGUCACUUAACUCCCAUUGCCUAGCCUUUACCACUCUUCUGCCAUGGAACUGAUACACAGUAUUAAUUCUAAGACAGAAGGUAAGGGUUUUAAAAAAAAGAUCUAGUGUCUAUCUGAUGUUAAUACUAAAGAAUAAAAAUAAAAUGUUAAUUCUUUGC